AGUGCUAUAUAAAUAAAUGCCUAACUGUGCUUGUACUCUCCCUACCAUUGUUGCAUUGCAUGUAUGACUCUCCUGUAUCCAUUCUUCUCCAACUCAUUCUCAACAUUUCAAACAAACAAACAAAAACCCAGAUUCCUCUAUACAUUAUCAUCAUCCAUGGAAGAAGAACCUUCAUCCAAAUCCAUGGAAGAAGACUCUUCAUCCAAACCCAAACCUUGUUUCUCUUUACCAGUUGAUUAUGAUAACAAAGCCACUGAAUUCAGACCCUUCUCUCUCUCUUCUCCCCACAUGCUUUCCUUCCACCUGGCCUGGCUCUCUCUCUUCUCCAACUUCUUCUCCACCUUCUCCAUCCCACCUCUCCUCCCCCUCCUCCGCCGCGACCUCCACCUCUCCUCCUCCACCAUCGCCGCCGCCUCCUCCGCCGCCUUCGCCGGCUCCAUCCUCUCCCGCCUCCUCAUGGGCCCUGCCUGCCACCUGUUCGGCCCGCGCAUCUCCUCCGCCACUCUCUCUCUCCUCACCGCCCCAAUCGUCUUCUCCACCUCCCUCAUCUCCUCCCCAAACUCCUUCAUCCUCCUCCGCUUCCUCAUCGGCUUCUCUCUCGCCAAUUUCGUCUCCAACCAAUUCUGGAUGUCCUCCAUGUUCUCCUCCUCCGUCGUCGCCGUCGCCAACGGCGUCUCAGCCGGCUGGGCCAACGUCGGCGCCGGCGUAACCCAACUCGUAAUGCCACUCAUCUGCUCUCUCCUCACCAACUUUGUCCCAUCUUCCACGGCCUGGCGCCUCGCAUUCAUAGUCCCAGCAACCUUCCAAACCAUCACCGCCCUCAUGGUGCUGGGCUACGGCCAGGACUCGCCGGACCAUCGCCAGAAAACUCAAAACAACCCAAAACAGAGUAAACAGAGCAUGAUCGGAGCUCUGUUUCAUGGGUUCACGAAUUACAGAGCGUGGAUUCUGGCUUUGACAUAUGGGUUUUGCUUUGGGGUGGAACUGACGAUGGAUAAUAUCAUUGCGGAGUACUUUUAUGAUCGAUUUGGGGUGGGUAUUGAGGCGGCGGGGGCGAUAGCGGCGAGCUUUGGGUUGGGGAAUUUGGUGUCGAGGCCGGCGGGAGGGGUGGUUUCCGACGAGAUGGGGAGGAGGUUUGGGAUGAGAGGGAGGUUGUGGAGCCUUUGGGUGGUGCAAACCGUGGCUGGGUUGCUGUGUGUGUUACUCGGCCGAGUUAACUCACUGUGGGGGUCUAUAGUUGUCAUGUGUUGCUUCUCGUUUUUUGUUCAAGCUGCUUCUGGACUCACUUUUGGUGUGGUUCCUUUCGUUUCUAAAAGGUCAUUGGGAGUGAUAUCAGGGAUGACUGGGAGUGGUGGGACAGUAGGAGCAGUGGUGACCCAACUCUUGUUGUUUUCAGGCUCUAACAAAUUCUCAACCCAAACCAGCAUUUCGCUAAUGGGCCUUCUCAUGCUUGCCUCUACUCUGUCACUCACUCUCAUCUACUUUCCUAAAUGGGGUGGCAUGUUCUGUGGCCCAUCAGAUGACCCAAAUUCAUUGGAUGAAGAAGAUUAUUAUUUGCUUGAAUAAGAGACUCGUACAUAUAAUGAUCUCGUUUGAAAAGUGACUAUUUUAGAGACUUUUUAAUUUUUUGACUAUUUUAAUUUUUGUGUUUGGAAAGAUGAGAUAGAUUUUUAUU